AUGUCGGAUGAGCCGAUUGGCAUACAAAAUGAUAAACAGGCUGCUUCAGAUCCAAGCAGUGUGGUUACUUCGUCAGCAAGUAAUAUUGAUAAUGACACCGUCCAGGGUAAACUUUCAAAAUUAGUAGGUGAUGCUAUGUCAAGCAAUCCCUAUUUUGCCGCUGGCGGUGGGCUCAUGAUUCUUGGUACUGGCUUAGCCGUGGCUAGGUCCGGUAUAAUAAAGGCCAGCAGGGUGGCAUAUCGACAGAUGAUUGUCGAUUUAGAGAUUCAAUCUAAGGAUAAAUCAUAUAGCUGGUUUUUGACUUGGAUGGCUAAACACCCUCAAAGAGUAUCCAGACACUUAUCUGUAAGAACAAACUACAUACAACAUGAUAAUGGAUCAGUCAGUACAAAAUUUUCGCUGGUUCCAGGUCCGGGAAAUCAUUGGAUUCGUUAUAAGGGAGCAUUCAUCUUGAUCAAGAGAGAAAGGUCCGCAAAAAUGAUAGAUAUUGCGAAUGGAUCACCAUUUGAGACCGUAACGCUGACCACUCUAUACCGUGACAAACAUUUAUUUGAUGAUAUAUUAAAUGAGGCCAAAGACAUAGCUUUGAAGACUACCGAAGGUAAAACUGUUAUUUACACUUCGUUUGGCCCUGAAUGGAGAAAGUUUGGUCAACCAAAAGCCAAAAGGAUGCUGCCUUCUGUGAUUCUGGAUAAUGGCGUCAAAGAGGGCAUUCUUGAUGACGUUCAUGAUUUUAUGAAGAAUGGUAAAUGGUAUUCUGAUAGAGGUAUCCCAUACCGUAGAGGCUAUUUGCUGUACGGGCCUCCCGGUUCCGGUAAGACGAGUUUCAUCCAGGCUUUAGCUGGCGAAUUAGACUACAACAUUUGUAUUUUGAACCUCUCCGAAAAUAACUUAACAGACGACCGACUAAACCAUUUAAUGAAUAAUAUGCCAGAAAGAAGUAUACUGUUGUUGGAAGAUAUUGACGCGGCUUUCAACAAAAGAAGUCAAAGCGGUGAGCAAGGUUUCCACUCUAGCGUGACAUUUAGUGGGUUACUGAAUGCCUUAGAUGGUGUCACAUCAUCUGAAGAAACGAUUACCUUUAUGACUACUAAUCAUCCUGAGAAACUAGACGCGGCCAUAAUGAGGCCGGGCCGUAUUGACUACAAAGUCUACGUAGGUAACGCAACUCCAUAUCAAGUGGAAAGAAUGUUUAAGAAGUUUUAUCCAACUGAAACUGACAUAUGCAACAAAUUUGUAGAAAGUGUUAAAGAAUUGGACAUCACUGUGAGCACAGCUCAGUUGCAAGGACUUUUUGUCAUGAAUAAAGACGCACCACAAGACGCAUUAAAAAUGGUUACCAGCUUACGAGAUACCAAUCACAUUUUUUAG